UCUCGCAGUCCGCCCCCCGCCUCUGUUGCCGGCGGGGGACGCCGCGCGGCCGAGGGAUGCGAGCGCAGCUCCUGCUCCUGCUCGGCGCCCUGCUCAGUGAAGGAACCGUCCUCUUGCAGUUCUUGAGAGGGAGCCGUCUGCAGCAAAAAUGGGGACCGCAUUGCAAAAGACUGGCGUCAGGGAAAGGAGAAACCAAAUCCACCCCACGGAGCAUCCCCCAGCCAAUGUCUCCCUCUGAUUUCCUGGACAAGCUUAUGGGCCGGACGUCGGGGUACGACGCCCGCAUCAGACCCAAUUUCAAAGGCCCGCCUGUCAACGUGACCUGCAACAUCUUCAUCAACAGUUUUGGUUCCGUCACAGAAACCACCAUGGACUACCGUGUCAACGUCUUCCUCCGGCAGCAGUGGAACGACCCCCGCUUGGCCUACCGGGAGUACCCCGACGACUCGCUGGACCUCGACCCCUCCAUGCUUGACUCCAUCUGGAAGCCGGACCUCUUCUUUGCCAAUGAGAAGGGCGCCAACUUCCACGAGGUCACCACAGACAACAAGCUCCUGCGCAUCUUCAAGAAUGGGAACGUGCUUUAUAGCAUCAGACUGACACUCAUCCUCUCCUGCCCCAUGGAUCUGAAGAACUUCCCCAUGGACAUCCAGACGUGCACUAUGCAGCUUGAGAGUUUUGGCUACACCAUGAACGACCUGAUCUUCAAGUGGGUGGAGGAGCAAGAAGCUGUCCAGGUGGCCGAUGGCUUGACGCUCCCUCAGUUUAUUCUGCGUGACGAGAAGGAUCUGGGCUAUUGCACCAAAUCCUACAACACAGGGAAGUUCACCUGCAUCGAGGUGAAGUUCCACCUGGAAAGGCAGAUGGGCUACUACCUGAUUCAGAUGUACAUUCCCAGUCUGCUGAUUGUCAUCCUCUCCUGGGUCUCCUUUUGGAUCAACAUGGACGCUGCACCAGCCCGGGUGGGGCUCGGCAUUACCACCGUGCUGACGAUGACCACCCAGAGUGCGGGCUCCCGGGCGUCACUGCCAAAGGUCUCCUAUGUCAAGGCCAUUGACAUCUGGAUGGCGGUCUGCCUGCUCUUCGUCUUUGCCGCCUUGCUGGAGUACGCGGCUGUCAAUUUCGUCUCCCGGCAGCACAAGGAGUUCAUGCGCCUGCGCCGGAGGCAGCGGCGGCUGCGGAUGGGCCUGACCAGCCAGACGCCCAGCCUGGAGUCCCUGCAGCAGCUGGAGGGCCUGACCAGCAGCGAGUCCACCUACGAGACCCUCUCUCAAUUCGGCAGCACCGACUCCAGGGAGGAAGAGGUGCUGCGGGAGGGCCGCUUCUACUUCCGGGGCUAUGGCCUGGGGCACUGCCUGCAGGACAUGAAGGACGGGGGCACCCUGGAGAGCCCCAAGAUGUACAGCCCUCCGCCCCCCACCUCGCUGCUCAGAGAGGGGGAGCUGCUCCGCAGGCUCUACCUGGACCGGGCCAAGCGGAUCGACACCAUCUCUCGGGCCGUCUUCCCCUUCACCUUCCUGCUCUUCAACAUCUUCUACUGGAUCAUCUACAAAGUGCUGCGCUCGGAGGACGUCCACCAAGCGGUGCCCUGAGGAGGCUGGAGGGGCCGGGGCCGGAGAGGAAGAGGCUUUGCCACCUCUGCUCUUGCAGGACCUGGAUGGCCUCCCCUUCAAGGCUCCUGCGGCGGGAGAUGUCUCGAGAGCCUGAGGAGGAGGACCCUGGCAAACUGGACAUGGCAUUCGGGGCGCGGGAAGCUGGCUCCAGCCACGGGCAUCCCAGCAUGGCCACGGAGGGCAUGCUGCUGUGUUCCUCCUGGGACUUCCUUCCAUUCCUGUCGUGGGCACUUCCUGACACUGGGCCUCCGGAGACCCCAGCCGCCCUCUUCUAGACUGGGUGGGGGGUUGUCCUGUCCCAGGAAGGAGCUAAGACUUACGCAAGGCACCCAGCCUCGGUUCUCCAGCUCUGUAGCCUAGGCCUCUGCUGGUCCCCCAACUCACAAGCCCACCAAUACUUCCUCAGCAUGGUAGAUUAGAGGACCUUGUUCUGCAGGGGCAGGAGAAGGAGGGAGGCUGCCUUCCAGCACCCCAGCAUGGCGCUGGGGCCAGCAGGCUUCUGACCGGCCCCUGUAGUAGGGGUGUGCUCGGAACUGGUUUGGGCGGUUUGGUUCGAAUUUGAACCGAAUUCGGACCGAACAGCCAGUCUCUGAACAGGUUCAGUCAAACCGGCCGGUGGUCUAGUCCAUUCAGUCGAACCAGUUUGGACCGGUUUGCACCCAUUCAACCCGCCUCAAGGGGCUAUGCCUGUACAGGGAAUUCCAAUCAAAUCCUGCCUUUAAAAGGUUUCUUAGGGCAGCUGGGGGGGGGGGCGGGCGGGGGAGUGAGAGGGCACCUUACCAGCAGUGGCUCCUCUAAACCCUGGUGUUUACAGGUGUUCCCCCCAGCAAUGGUGGUGUUCCCCCCAGCAAUGUGGCCCAUGUGGCCGUGGCCUGGUUCUGGCCUCUGUGGAUGUGCAGUCCAUGGUCAUGCAGAUGGCCUCUGCGCAUACGUGGAGGUCGUGGAAAUGGCCUCCGUGCAUCUGCAGAGGCUGGAACCACCCCGCCACCACACGGGCCACACUGCUGGGGGGGCGUGCUGGGAUUUAGAGGAGCUGACGCCGCUAGUAAGGUGCCCUCUCAUCACACACACACACACACACACACACACACCCCAGCAGGAAUCCUCACUGGAUUCCACUUUACAAGCAUCGCCCCUCGAACUGUCAAACGGGGUUGAACUGGUCCAUAAUGGACAGGGUCCAGUCUGGUUUGAACUUGGGCCGGCCGCCUUUUUUUAAAAAAACUGGUUUGGUUUGAGUCCGAACCGGUUGAACCGGGCUGGUUCAAAUUGAACCUGAGGUCCAGCACCCCUCUAGCUUGUAACUGCACACCCCUAACCUGUAGCAUGGAUACGAGCCAACAGAGGCCUCACUGCCUGCAGACCCCACCCCACCCCACCGCACACACACCAGUAAUCUGGAAAAGCAACAUGGCCGGGCAGUAGGGGAUUUUUUUUUUUUUUUUUUUUUUUGCUGAAGUCCUGGGUGAGCAAGUAGGGGCUGUCAGGGACUGGUGCAGCCCAGAUGGCUUUGUGCUGGGGGGGGGGGCCUGCAGACUCUUGCUCGUGCUAAUUAGAGGCAAGUCUCUUUUUGCUUCCUGAGCCAUCUCAGCUCUGCCCGGAAGCCCACCCGUUAUUUCAGGCCAGGCACUGGAACGGCUUCAGCCCGUACACACAGAGGCCCCUUUACUGUGGCCAGUUUGAGGCUCUUGAGAGACGGGCCCGGGUUCUUGACACGCUGCGAGGGCCGGCAGCCAGGGCUGGAGAACCCUCGGAGGACAGGAGGCAGGCGGAGGGGAGCGGCUUGGAAGGAGGAGGCCCUCUCCUCCCGCGUCCGCAGGGGCAACUCUAGAAUAAUUCGUUUGGGGGAGUAAAGGGGUGGCGGCAGAGAGGAUUUUACUCUACAUUGAUUGAGGCAAGGUCAUUGACAUUACUUUAUUUCCCUUAUUAAUGAAGCUUGCUUGGACCGUUUGAAACUUAUUCAGACAACGGGCCAGAUUCCUCUUAGAAAAUACGGUCUUUUGGGAUGAGGCGAAACCUUCCAGGCUAAUCCCCCCUUCCUCUCCAAGACCGUGUGGCAGGAAAGACUGAGGUGGGGAGAGAGGGCAGUGCCAGGUGAUCCGAAACCUGCAGGGGGAGAGGAGCCUGCCCCCCUCCCCACUGCACUCAUGGUCUCACCCAGGCCAGGAAGGAAGUGAAGGGCUUGGCCUGGCUCCUGGGAGGCUGGAGGAAUCUCCUCCUUGCCUGGCUUCACUGGCUUCUGCGGCUGGUUCUAGGGUCGAGGAGGGAGUGAAGGAGGCUUCUUUAAAAAAACCAACCAAACAGAGGCUUUUAAAAGUAGAAGACCUUCCAAACUAAAGGAGCACAAUAUACAAUGGCUGUAUUGUCCGGCCCUUUGCUGUAAAAUUCAGGUCUGGUGGGUGGGCGAGUGGGGAAUAUUUGGGGGCGAGCACUGGCUACGCCUUUCUGCCCCCCCUCGGAGCCACCCCUUUUGAAAGCGUUGUUGGGGGGUGGCGUUGUUAUCAAAUGGCUGCUUUCCUUUCUUCAGCCAGAACAAUUGCUAAUCAUCUUACGGUUUGUGUGAACACAAUUUUGCAACUCUGGUCAUUAAAAGGUGGUGGUGGGGGGAGUCAUGAGCAGCCGCUCUGCAAAGGGGAACCAGUAAUUCCGGACUCCUGUUUACUGGGCACUGACUGGUUCAGGACAGUUCAGGGACGCUGAAGCUGCGACUUUAACGGAGGCGUCUGAUCAACCACUGGGAAAGCAAGGAGCGAAGGGGGAGCUGUUCGAUCCUGGGAGCGCAGCCCCGUAAAGAUGGAUGGGCUGACACAGCAGUGGUGUUCUAUGUGACCUCCCUCACCAUCAAUCGGGGCUUCGGGCGGGGAGAUGGCAGGACAGCACAGGAAAUGCAGAGAGGCCAUAAGUUGGCAAUGACUGUAAAAGCGGAGUGAAGAAAGUGGGGGGGGGGUGAAGACUGAAAGGCUACCAGGGAAGCGCCCUUCACUUGGAAAUCUGGAAGCAGAAAGAACGAAUGCCUUGCAGAAGAGAGCCGGUGUGCCUGAGACGGAGCAAAAUGCAUGACCAGGCCCAGUGGUUUCCCCUGCUGUGCCCAAUAGAGCUGAACCAGCCCUGCCUGCACGCUGCAUGGAUUCCUCCUCAGGCGGCUGCCCCUUUUUUCCUGACACCAGGCCUCGGUCAAGAGGAGGACAUUCUGGGGGGCGCGCUUCUGCUCUGCUGCUUUGACUCCCCCCACCCGCCCGAGUGCUAGUUGGGUUGGCCGUUUCCUCUUGCCCAAUGGAAGGUCUCUGGAAACUCUGUGCCAGGUGGCCACCAGGGUCCACUUCCCUUUGUGGUGGGAAAGCCUUUUCCUCACAGCGCUCAUGGACUUGAGAAUGGGUCUGAGGUGUGUGAAGCCUGUGCAGGGCCUGGAAAGGUGGGUGGCGUUUCCAACAGGAUGCAUUUCUAACGGCCCUGAACUACCUACACCAAUAAAAACGUUUCUGGGGUUUU